CAGCUCCGCCCGUGUUCUUCUCCACAGCUCCGCCGUGUUCCUCUCCAAAGCUCUGCCGUGUUCCUCUCCAGCUCCGCCGUGUUCCUCUCCAGCUCCCCCCGUGUUUCGAUCUGUUCGUAGCUCCCCCCGUGUUUCGAUCUCUUUUUUUUUUGGCAGAGAUGGACUCUGAAUCUCUGCGAACAAUGGCACUUCUUGAAGCUCGAAGUGAAUACAAUGAAAUGAAUGAGGAGGAUGUUGAAUUUGAUGUAGAAGAGGAGUUGACAGAAACAGAAGCUGAGAUUCAAACAGAAGCAGAGGUUCAAACAGAAACACAAGCAACUGCAUCAACACAAGCAGCUAAACCUCAACGUAAGCGUCGAAAAACCUCUACUGUUUGGGAAGAUUUUGUAUUAGUGAGGAUAGAAGAUGGAACAGAAAAGGCUAAGUGCAAUCACUGUGGUUCAGAAUUAGUUUAUAAUAGUAAAACCCAUGGUACUAAUCAGUUGAAGCGACACUUAGAGAGUUGUUCUAAGAUGCCUAAGAAGGUAGAUAGACCUGUGUAUGAUCAUUUGGUAGAUCGUGCGAUGGUUACUGAGGCUAUCAUUUACCAUGAUCUACCAUUUCGAUAUGUGGAGUUUGAGAAGGUUAGAGAAAGAGAUAAGUAUUUAAAUCCCGAGUGUAAACCCAUCUGUAGACAGACGGCUUCUCUUGAUGUCUAUAGGAGAUAUGAAGUAGAGAAGGAGAAGUUGAAGGGGCUGUUGGAGAAGCAUCGUGGCAGGGUCUGUCUGACUGCUGAUUUAUGGGUAUCUAAGCCUCAGAAUACAGGUUUAUAUCUGCUUAACUGUCCAUUACAUUGAUGAUGACUGGAGAUUGGACAAUAAGAUCUUAGAAUUUUGUGAGAUGAAGUCUCCACACACAGGUGAUCUGAUUGCCACUAAGAUCUUCGAGUCAUUGAAGGAAUGGGGUUUAGAGAAGAAGAUUUUCUCAAUUACUCUAGACAAUGCCACAAACAACAACAGCAUGGUGAGAAUUCUUGCGGGCAAGCUUCAGAUGACAAGUGGAAGUGGUGGAGGUCUGUUGUGUGAUGGUAAGCACAUACAUGUGAGAUGUUGUGCUCACAUUUUGAACCUCAUAGUUAAAAUGGCC